AUCACGGGUUACUACAAAACAACAUGUGUGUCAAACCUCAAUCCCUAUAAAACGACCAAACCCACAACCCCUCCAUUGUCACUUCGAGAAAAAAAUGGCGUUCAAAAACAGAGCACUCUCUGUUUUUGCCAUUCUUGCCAUCUUCAUGAUGUGGCAAAACACCAAUGUUUUAGCCCAAAACACACCCGUUUUCGCCUGUGAUAUCAACAAAAACCCGGGUUUAAGAAACUUCUCGUUUUGUGAUUCAUCAUUAGAUGUGCAAACUAGGGUCGAUGAUUUGGUAAAGAGGCUCACAUUACAGGAAAAGAUUGUGAAUUUGGUUGAUAACGCCGGCAGCAUCGACCGCCUUGGUAUUCCAAAAUACGAGUGGUGGUCGGAGGCUCUACACGGCGUGUCUUACGUGGGUCCAGGGACCCAUUUUUCCAGUGUGGUCCCUGGAGCAACCAGCUUCCCUCAAGUCAUCCUUACUGCUGCCUCGUUCAAUGAAACUCUGUUCAAAACAAUCGGAAAGGUGGUUUCAACCGAAGCUAGAGCAAUGUACAACGUCGGUUUAGCAGGAUUAACAUUUUGGUCACCAAAUAUAAACAUUUUGCGAGAUCCACGAUGGGGAAGAGCUCAAGAAACCCCGGGUGAAGACCCGACCCUAACAAGUAAAUAUGGAGCGGCUUAUGUUCAAGGUUUACAAGAGACUGACGAUGGCGAUAAUGAUCGGCUCAAAGUCGGGGCUUGUUGUAAGCAUUACACUGCUUACGAUGUUGACAAUUGGAAAGGCAUUGAUCGUUACCAUUUUAACGCUGUGGUUACAAAACAAGAUAUGGAUGAUACAUUUCAACCCCCAUUCAAGAGUUGUGUUGUUGAUGGCAAUGUUGCAAGUGUCAUGUGUUCUUAUAAUCAAGUAAAUGGCAUACCAACUUGUGGUGAUCCGGAUCUUUUAACCGGAGUCAUUCGGGGCGAAUGGAAAUUAAACGGGUACAUAAGUUCUGAUUGUGAUUCGCUAGACGUGAUGUUCAAUUCCCAACACUGGGCUAAAACACCCGAGGAAAUCGCAGCUGACGCGUUAAUAGCUGGAUUGGAUUUGAACUGUGGAAAUUUCCUGGGGCAACACACAGAAGCUGCGGUGAAAGCUGGGCUAGUGAAAGAAUCUGAAGUCGACAGAGCUGUUUCCAACAAUUUCGCGACUCUUAUGAGAUUAGGGUUCUUCGACGGUGAUCCGAGCAAGCAUAUCUAUGGGAAACUAGGCCCAAAAGACGUAUGCACACCGGCGAACCAGGAGUUAGCACGCGAAGCGGCUAGACAAGGAAUCGUUCUCCUCAAGAACAGUAUCGGAUCCUUGCCACUUUCCCCAACAUCCAUCAAAUCACUAGCCGUGAUCGGACCUAACGCCAAUGUCACAAAAACCAUGAUCGGAAAUUACGAAGGUACCCCUUGUAAGUACACGACUCCUCUUCAGGGACUAACGGCGGAGGUGGCGACGGUGUACCAGGCGGGGUGUGCGGAUGUAGGAUGUGCUAGUGCACAAUUAGAUGAAGCCAAGAAAGUAGCGUCUGCGGCAGAUGCUGUGGUUUUAGUGAUGGGUAGUGAUCAAUCGAUAGAGGCUGAGAGUCGAGACAGAAUCGAUCUUACACUUCCUGGACAACAAAGUCUUUUGAUUUCUCAGGUUGCAGAGGUAUCUAAAGGUCCGGUUAUUCUUGUUAUAAUGUCUGGUGGAGGAAUGGAUAUCCAGUUUGCUAAAGAUGACCCGAAAAUCACCAGCAUCUUAUGGGUCGGGUUCCCUGGUGAAGCUGGUGGCGCUGCCCUAGCAGACAUCAUUUUCGGGCAGUAUAAUCCAAGUGGAAGAUUACCCAUGUCAUGGUACCCACAAUCCUACACAAAGGUGAACAUGACCAACAUGAAUAUGAGACCAGACCCAGCCACAGGCUACCCGGGUCGAACCUAUCGGUUCUACAAAGGAGACACGGUUUAUACAUUUGGUGAUGGGCUGAGCUUUUCCGAGUUCACUCACCACUUAGUUGAAGCACCUAAGCUUGUAUCCAUACCAUUAGAGGAAGGACAUGUGUGUAGAUCAUCUAGGUGCAAGUCAAUCGACACAGUUGACCAAACUUGCAAGAAUUUAGCAUUUAAUAUUCAUUUGAGGGUGACAAAUAGUGGGAAGAUGAGGGGAAGCCACACGGUGUUUUUGUUUUCUUCACCUCCAUCUGUCCAUGGUGCACCUCAGAAGCAUUUGUUGGGGUUCCAGAAGGUGAAUUUGGCACCAAGGGAACAGGGUGUGGUUAGGUUUGGUGUAGAUGUGUGCAAAGAUUUGAGUUUGGUUGAUGAAGUUGGAAACAGGAAAGUUGCAUUGGGGUUACAUGUUCUUCAUGUGGGAAACUUGAAACACUCCUUAAAUGUGAAGAUAUGAUGUGGGUGUUUCUUGUUAAUUUCCCACAAGAAAAAUAUUUUCGAUUUUUUUGGGGGGGUUGUGGGUGGUUAAGAUUCAAGAAGAUUAUGAAAGUCAUCGCAAGAUGCAAUUUUAUUUAAUAAUUUGUAAGAAAUUGCUCAUUUUCUUGAAAAACAAUGAUAAAGGGAACUGCAAAAUGAGAAA